AUGGGAACGGGUGUGGUCACAAGGGCAAUGGAUGCUGUGCCAGUGCAAAACAUGUCCUCUACUAUAGCUUUGCGGCAGCCGCACAAAGACCAAGGUUCAACUGUUAUGACAUCUGCAUCCGAUUCAAAGCCAAAGAAGAAGAUAUGCUGUGCUUGCCCGGACACCAAAAAGCUGAGAGACGAAUGUGUCGUGCAGCAUGGUGAAGAUUCUUGUUCUAAAUGGAUCGAGGCUCAUCUGAAAUGCCUCCGUGCCGAAGGCUUCAAAGUUUAA